AUGUCCGGAAUUAAUAACAGAAAGUUAUUAACUAACAAAAUUGAAAAAAUAGCAAAGAAUAAGAGAAAGCAACAGGCAGAAUGUGAAGAGAAUCCACAACCGCUAUUGACGACCGAAGAUAGUGUAAAGAAAGAGUCGAAAAAAAGAUUUAGAAUAAGCGAAGGGGACGCUGUCGUAAAUGAUCAAAUGGAUUGGACUUAUUCAGUUCAAGUAAUAGCAGCUGAAAAUCAAACCAUUAAUCAGCAAAAAAUUGACAGAGAAAAGAAAACUAUAAUGGACGAUUUAUUGAUUCUCUUUGACAAUAUUUUCAAAUAUAAUAAAAAUUAUAAAGCAAAUUUAGAAAAACUUUUCACUAUUAUUUUAGAAAAAACUCGAAUACUUUCUGAAAAAAUUAUAUUUUUACAAAGUUUACAUGAUAAUAUACUAUAUAGAAAAAUUCUAGGCUUUAUUUAUUAUAAUGGUUUGAAUACCAAAAAAGACUAUGAUCAAGCUUUGAAAUGUUAUCAACAAUUGGCAUUUCAAGGGGAUGCU